UUUUUGUUAUUGAACAGACAUAUUAUCUUUGCCUAAUUGGAUUCGAAAAAUUUUGUCCAAUUCGAAUCGACUUUUGAUAUGGCAACUCUUUUGUUAAAGAAUUUUUUAUUGUGGCGUUGUUUACUUCUUAUAAGAAAACAGUCAUUUUAAAAAAGAUGGACAGAACUACGGAAGCUUUGCUAAAUCUAAUAUUAACCAAUGCGCAAAGCCGCAGUGAAAGAGGUCGUGGAAGAGGCCGCGGACGUGGACGCGGAAGAUGGUCCACUCAACAGAGAAAUUACUAUCAUCCCUAUUCAAUGGGACAAUAUAUACAUCCACAGGUUAUGUACCCAACUAUUGCUCCACAAAUGAUGCAGCCACAGUUAGUGACACACCAAAUGAUGCAGCCGCAAUUAAUGGCUCCCCAAAUGGCGCAGCAACAAUAUUUGCCACAGCAAAUGCAGCUGGUAGCACCUCAAUUUUUAGUGCCACAAAUGGUGGUACCACCAGUAAUAGUGCCACCAAUCUUCCAGCAAAACAGCCAGUUGGAACACUCUGAGGUAGAACAUCAGCAAACACAACAACAGCCACAACAACAACAACAACAGCCACAACAACAACAGCCACAACUACAACAGCCACAACAACAACAGCCACAACAACAACAGCCACAACAACAACAGCCACAACAACAACAGCCACAACAACAACAACAGCCACAAACACAAUAA